AUGCCGGCACCCACUGCUAUCAGGCAACCUGCCGCCGUCCCAGCGGCGCCAUUUGGGCAUCCGGCAGGCAAGUCGCUUUCGCUGGACUAUUACCAAGAAGAGGAGAUCUUGAUCGAUGCCCAGCCCUCAAAAGAUCAGGCUGCACCGGCGCUAAACCUCGCAUCCAACGCUGUUCAUGAUGCCGGUGUGCACAUCGACGAAGAAGGACGGCCUCUUUUUACGCCAGCGAAAGACAUCAACCGGGUGUAUCGUGUCGAAACUCGAAAAGUCCCUGUUCCGCCGCAUAGGAUGACCCCAUUGAAAGCUAGCUGGUCACGAGUUUACCCCCCGCUUGUGGAACAUCUCAAAUUACAAGUGAGAAUGAACAUCAAGAAUCGAGCAGUCGAACUUCGCACAUCCCGUUUCACCACCGAUACGGAGGCUCUACAAAAAGGCGAAGACUUCGUCAAAGCCUUCACGUUGGGGUUCGAUGUCGACGAUGCUAUUGCACUCUUGAGGUUAGACGAUCUAUAUAUCCGGUCCUUUGAAAUCCGCGACAUCAAAACACUUAAUGGAGAGCAUCUGAGCCGUGCAAUUGGACGCUGCGCCGGCAAAGACGGUCGAACAAAAUUCGCAAUUGAAAAUGCCACCCGCACAAGAAUCGUCAUUGCAGACCAGAAGAUUCACCUUCUUGGCGGCAUCAAGAAUGUCGAGGCCGCCCAGCAGGCUAUUGUCAAUUUGAUCAUGGGUAGUCCGCCAUCUUAUUUCCGCCCUAGGACAUGGUUUUGGCGUUACGGAAAAGGUUACAUCUGA